CGGGACCAGAGGCGCUGUCCCAACGCUGAAGCCGGAGACGAACUCGCCCCAGCCGGGUGCUCCAGGGGCCUCCGGAGCUCCUGCCGCCGCCCCUUCCCCGGGGUCCCCCAGUCCCCCCAAAUCCUCCCCCAAGUCCCACGGCCCCUCCGUCCCCGCGCCCCGCAGGCUCCGAGGCUUCGCGGUGCGGUUCCCUCUGGGGGUCCCGGGCCCGCGUCCCCUUCGCCCCCCAGGCCGGGACGUCCCCCUCCCCCAGUCGGCCGAGGGGCGCCAGCGCGGCGGAGGGGGCGGGAGGCCGGGCCGGGGCGACAGCUGGGGGGGCGGCCCUGACCUUCCCGGGAUCGCUGGGCGCGGCCGGGCCGUCCCCCUUCCGGGCGCCGCCAUAAAGGGGCCUCGCGGGGCUCUGGCCGUGGCCGCAGCGCUCAGCUCCCGCGCCCGACCCCGCCAUGGCCCCCCGGCCCCUCCUGCUGCUGCUGCUGCUCCUCGGGGGCUCCGCCGCGCGCCCCGCGCCCCCCAGGGCCCGGCGACACUCGGACGGGACGUUCACCAGCGAGCUCAGCCGCCUGCGGGAGGGCGCGCGGCUCCAGCGGCUGCUGCAGGGUCUGGUGGGGAAGCGCAGCGAGCAGGACGCAGAGAACAGCACGGCCUGGUCCAGGCUCGGCGCGGGUCUGCUCUGCCCGUCCGGGUCCGACACGCCCACCCUGCAGGCCUGGAUGCCCCUGGGCGGGGCCUGGUCUCCCUGGCUGCCCCCUGGGCCCAGGCCUGGGGUUAUGGUUUCAGAACCUGCCAGUGCUGCUGCAGAAGGAACCCUGCGACCGAGAUGAGGAAGGAACCCCCUCACCACCUGCCCAGCCUAGGAGCGGAGCUGCAUUGGGGGUGGUGGGGCAGGCUGGGGGGAGAGGGGGAGAGUUGGAACUCGGCACCAAUAAAGGAGAAUCAGACCCAGACACUGGGAGUUGGUUGUGUCCACUUGGUGUAAUCGAGGCAACCCCUGUGUAGCAGGGCUGUCAGACGGAAGGGGGCCCCAUCCACCCAGCCGGGACUGUGACCACACCCAGCUGCCCUUUACACCUGGCAGCCACAGCUGGCCCCUCAUCCUUAUCUCUGGCAUCAGUGCCGCCUCCUGUACAUCGACUAAGCACCGCAGGGCCCCGCCCCACCCCUUGUCUUCAUUAGGAAACAGUCAAGGGCUCAGGGGGAGCCCGGACAGACGGGGGCCCGGGUGGUCAGUGUUUCCGGAAGGGGCAGUGGGGAGGGUGUGGAGGGGCCAGGGAGGCUCAGGCAGGCAGGAAGAGGGGAGGGCAGAGGUGUCACCUGGGGUGCCAGGAGUCCACUCUGGCAUGAGGACUCCGGACCUUCUGUCUUGUGUGGCCUCAGA